AUGCUUAAUCAGUCAGAUCGACGUUUAUUUUACUUUACAAUAAUUUUUUUAGUUAUUAUUCAAUUAAUAAGAUCCGAAACGUUUAAAUGUGUUAAAGAUGGUUUUUUUCCGGAUAAAAAAGAUUGUUGGAUUUAUCAUAUUUGUGUUGGUUCCACACAUUCAGUAAAAGCUUGUAAAGAAGAACUUUUAUUCAAUCCAAUAAAAAACGAAUGUGAUUGGGCAAUGAAUGUUAAUUGUAGUCAAACAUCAUACGAAGAUGCUCUUCCACCAACUAUGCCAACACAUGUUCUUUAUCCUCCUGAUUUUGAUUAUCCAAUCCCUUCAUCAUCUGCCGGUGAUAGUGUUAAUCGAGGAAAAUAUCCGUCAAACUAUCCAUUAAUAACUGAUUCAAUAUUCGAAUAUUUAUGUCGAUCAAUUGAUAACGACUAUGUAGCUCAUCCGACUGAUUGCAAACGAUAUGCUUAUUGUGCAAACGGUGUAUCACAAGCUAAAAUAUGCACAAAAAAUUUAUUUUGGUCUCAAAGUGAACGAAUGUGUGUUUGGCCAGUACAAUCCGAUUGUCCGGUGAAGAAUUUAAGUCCAGAACCUUCGAUCGGAGCAGGUGCUGGUGCUCCAUGGAUACCACGUGGUACAACUUAUCCAGCAUCAUAUAUUCUAACAGAUGCACCACCUUCACUUCCUUCAUCAAAUGUAUAUAAAACAACAGUUGAAUGUCCUUCAACACAAUCAUGGCGUGUACCUGAUCCAUAUGAUUGUUCAAUUUAUCAUGAUUGUUAUCAUGGUACUGAUCUUUUAUCUUAUUGUCCAGCUCAACUCUAUUAUAAUGCAGAAAAACAAAGUUGUGAUCAUGCACAAAAUGUUAAAUGUAAAAAUAAAUGUACACCAAAGAAUGAAGGUGCACGAUUUGUAGAUAUAACAAGUUGUUGUCAUUUUUAUGAAUGUAUAUCAGGUAAAUUAAUACCUCAAACAUGUACACAUCCGAAUUUAUUUGAUAUCCAAACUCGUACAUGUUUACCAUAUAAAAAAGUUAAAUGUGAUGGACGUCGACAAUGUUUAAGUAAAUGUCAUUAUUUAUCUAAUUAUGAUGUUGGUAAAACUUUAUGUGAUUUUGUUCCAUCAUGUUCUGGUCAUAGUGAUGGAUUUUAUCUUGAUCGUACAAAACCAAAUUGUCAAUCAUAUAUACAAUGUCUUGAUAAUCGUGUAGCCAAUCAUAGUCGUUGUCCAUAUGGACAACGUUUUAAUAGAAAUAUUGGACGAUGUGCACCAGCUGAUCAAGUACCUUGUCAUGGUGAGUUAACGACUUUCUUUUAA